UUUAAUUUUCCUUCUUGUUGACAUCUUUAUAUUAUAUUUCAGCAGAUUAAGGUUUGGUCCAAUCAGGUGUCAGUAAACUUAAAUAUUGAACCCUGUUGAUCAGAAAGGAAAUGAAAAACUAAACCGUCCAAGAUAUUAAAAAGCUCCUUUAGACCAAUAACAGCAGGCCUGUUCGGUGGAGCCAAUAGCAGCGGAGCAGGAAGUGACUGUCAGGAGAGGAGGGAGCCAAUAGCAGCGGAGCAGGAAGUGACUGUCAGGAGAGGAGGGAGCCAAUAGCAGCGGAGCAGGAAGUGACUGUCAGCUGUUUUGGGGAAACGCUUCCUUCAGUCCAGGAAAGUUUCUUCACCUGUCCGGAGCCUGCCGCCGUCUCCAUGACAGCGCAGGUGUCGGUGUUGUACUUCGCUCAGAGCGUGGAGCUGACCGGAGUGAAGGAGGAGGAGCUCGUUGCCGUGCCGACACCAAUCAGCAGCCAGGACCUUUGGAGACUGUUGCUACAGCGACACCCGAGACUCUCCCUCCUGCAGGAUCAGGUGGUGUUGGCGGUGCGUCAGCAGUACGUUGCCAUCGGCGACCAGCCGGUGACCCUGGGAGACGGAGACGAGGUGGCCGUGGUGCCGCCGCUCAGCGGAGGAUAAACACAAGCCAGAAGCGAUGGCCGAGUCGGAGCGGAGAGACGUCUUCAGGCUGCGCUGUGAUUGGCUGUCUGUACAGGAAGUGGUCGACGCCGUCAGCAGCUCAUCCUGUGGAGCCAUUUCAGUUUUUAUAGGUACGACCCGUGACGACGAGGUGGAC